UAUUAAUGCUCGAUGCCGGAAAACCAUGCCUAGGACUUGCCAAUUUCGCGUCUUCCUCGUUUUCUUACAUUUGUUUGUUUCCCGGUUUGCCCUUAGAUCUCGCCGCAAUCUUUGUCCAGAUUACAGUAUUUACAGCAAAUCCCAAAGCCGCCCCUGCGCGGCCCAAUCCCAUCUUUCGCCGGAAGGUGUCCGGAUUCGUUUUCCGAUGCCGGAGAAUUGAGGCGUUCUCUGGCAAAUUAUGAGGCCGUCGUCGUCGUCAACUUUCUUGCCGGACAAUUCACGCAUCCCUCCGUCUCCAUCUUCGUCUGCUCAUAUUCCGUCUCCCCACAAUCGUACAACCCAGCCAGGGGCACCGUCAUACCAAAUUCCGAAUUGCAUUCAUAGCUGUGGCAAUGUCUUCCAGCUGUUAUCACACAGAGAGGUAUCUCCUCGAAGUAAACGGUCUUCCAAAAGGUUUUGGAGGCAGGAGACAACAUGCAGUGCUGAUUCUAAAGGACUAAAGAGGGGUGUGGUGAGGGAUGUUAAACAGGGUCUUAUAUCAUGGGUAGAGGCAGAAUCAUUACGACAUUUAUCAGCAAAUUAUUGCCCCCUUCUGCCUCCUCCUCGAUCAACUAUUGCAGCUGCAUUUAGUCCAGAUGGAAAGACCCUUGCAUCUACCCAUGGAGAUCAUACAGUGAAGAUAAUAGAAUGCCAAACUGGGAAAUGCUUAAAGGUGUUGAGUGGCCAUCGUAGGACCCCUUGGGUGGUUAGAUUUCAUCCAUUUUACUCUGAUAUACUAGCAAGUGGAAGCUUGGACCAUGAAGUUCGCUUGUGGGAUGCAAAAACUGCUGAGUGCAUAGGAUCGCGUGAUUUUUAUCGGCCCAUUGCUUCUAUUGCUUUCCAUGCUCAGGGAGAGAUUUUGGCAGUUGCUUCAGGCCACAAGCUCUAUAUAUGGCAUUACAAUCGAAGAGGAGAGUCAUCAUCUCCUACCAUUAUACUUAAGACACGCCGGUCACUCCGGGCUGUUCAUUUUCACCCACAUGCUGCCCCAUUUCUUUUAACUGCCGAGGUCAAUGAUCUGGACUCAUCAGAUUCGUCUAUGACACUGGCAACUUCUCCUGGUAAUCUGCGGUAUCCCCCUCCUACCGUGUAUUUGACAGAUGCUCAUUCCACAUACCAAUCUGCUUCAGCAAAUGAACUGCCUAUCAUGUCUAUUCCUUUUAUGAUCUGGCCCUCAAUUAGUAGAGGAGAUCCUAGAAUGCCUUCACAGCAGAGUAAUGCAGAUUCAGGUUCUGAUAGUGCACAACAGAGAGGAGAUAACACUACUGCAUCUGUGCGAUUAUUAACAUAUUCGACUCCCUCUGGCCAGUAUGAACUUUUGUUGUCCCCUAUUGAACCAAGUAACCCUCCUGAGCAAGGAGGAGCAGUAGGGGGUUCUUCCUUGAGGGAACAUGGCAAUACUCUUUCUCAUCCGUUAGUUGAUGUCAUGGAGACAGAUUUGCAGCAGGAGGAGAGAAACAAUCAAUUUUUCCCUUUUAGUGACCCAGCAUACUGGGACCUACCUUUCUUGCAAGGGUGGUUGGUUGGACAAAGUCAAGCUGGUCAACGGGCAAUGCAUUCACACAAUAGUGGUAAUAACAACCUGCCCAUUCCUGAUGAGCUAGAUCAUGCUCCUUCAUCAAUACCCACUGCAGUCUCUAGCAUGGUUCAACCUAGGAUUUCAGGAAGGCCUGGUUCUCGGCACCGUUCUUCACGCUCUCGCAUUACACCCACCACAACAGGAUCUGGUGAUGGUGUUGCUUCAAACAGUACCGUAAAUGAUGAUAUGGAUAUUCAACCUUCUAUGAGCCACAUCCAGUCUGAGAUUGCUACUUCACUUGCUGCUGCUGCGGCAGCUGAGUUGCCUUGCACUGUGAAGCUUAGAAUAUGGCCUCAUGAUCUUAAAGCUCCUUGUGCACUUCUUGAUGCAGACAAAUGUCGCUUAACCAUACCACACGCUGUACUGUGUAGUGAGAUGGGCGCACAUUUUUCACCAUGUGGGCGGUUUUUAGCAGUCUGUGUUGCAUGUGCUUUACCAAACAUGGAUACUGAUCCCAGCUUUCAUGCACAUAUGCAUAAUGACAUGAUGGGGGCUGGAACUUCCCCAACUAGACAUCCAAUUUCAGCCCACAGGAUUAUGUAUGAGCUGCGGAUAUAUUCACUUGAGGAGUCAACGUUUGGCUCUGUGCUUGCAUCUAGGGCUAUCAGAGCUGCACAUUGCUUAACGUCAAUUCAGUUCUCGCCCUCUUCUGAGCAUCUCCUACUUGCGUAUGGCCGUCGUCACAGCUCACUUCUUAAAAGUGUAGUGAUUGAUGGAGACACGACAGUUCCUAUUUACACAAUACUUGAGGUCUAUAGAGUUUCUGAUAUGGAACUUGUGAGAGUUCUUCCUAGCUCAGAGGAUGAGGUCAAUGUCGCAUGUUUCCAUCCUGCAGUUGGCGGGGGGCUUGUAUAUGGGACCAAGGAAGGAAAAUUGAGGAUCCUUCAAUAUGAUAAUUCAAAUGGAUUGGAUCAUACAAACUCUUUACAUGAUGAAGACAUGCUUGAGUUGCCAGCAUAUGCUUUGGACAGCUAAUAUUCUCCAUGUCAGAAACAUUUGAAGUGCAGCAGGCACCAGGUUGUCAAUUGUCAUGGCAAAUGAUCAAGAAUGGUCUUGACACGUAGAUCUGAUAUAAAAUGAUGUUUAUCAAGUGCCGCCACAUGAGAUGCUGUUAUUGAGAGCAUGGGGGAGGGUGGGAUCCCUGCAUUCGAAAAGAACAUCAAUUGUUUCCCUUGUGUGUUCAGUGCAAGCUGGAUUCUUGUUUCGGCAAUACUGUUUUUUAGAGGCUUCAGGUGUUCCAAAGUAAAUACAUGUUAUGGAAGUUCUCCUUGAAUUGUUCUCAUGUUAGUGAUCAGACAUUUGUGAUUUGUCUGGAAGGGUUCAAUGUGUACAUUAUUCUUUUUUUUUACCUAUAAAGAAGAACAUGAUGCAGAAAGUUUGCGUGUCUUCUAUUUAACAAAUACCCAACCAUGCAAGUAGUGUUCAUAACUUUGUCCUUUUGGUGUGUUUUGUGGUAUGAAAAACAGUGUAUGUUCCAUUUGGGCAUUCAUAGAAAGUUCACAUUAUCCAUUUGUUUGCAAAACUCAA